AUGGAGCUGAAGAGAGCGAAGCCAAGGCUCCAGGUCGAUUUCCGAGUACCCGUAGAGGUGCCUCCGGACAGCGACAGCUGCAUGGGCCACUACCUGGACCAGCUGAAGGGGUUCACCAAGGCUGUCCUUCUUGGCAGCUCUGGGCUGGUGUACAACAAAACCCUCAUCAUGGAGUACGUACGCGAAAUGGUGUCGAGGAGGCGAUCGCAUGAGCUCAGCACGCAAUUGGAUGCCCAUCUCAAGGAAACCAUCGAAUCGAUGCUAGCUGAUAUAGACCGUGAGAUAGACAGCAGGUCGCCCGAAAAUGAAGAUAACGAUUACCGGAACAAAAGGGUGUUCGAACGCAUGGAGAUGUGCUGGUGCCAUCUCAGGGGGGCGCUGAGUGAACUGAUACAGGUCUGCUCGCAGCUGGAAUCUCCUGCCACCAGUGGUGGCUUCUCAAUAUGGGCCGCCGCCAUGAACUACUUCAAGAAUUACCUGGAGACCAGGCAGAAAAUGAAGGACAGGUUAAUGAUCGCAGUGCUUGACAGAAUAGCGGACUACCGGAGGGGAAGUGAAGUCAUAUUUUGCCAAAUCCGGAACAUCAUAGAGAUGUUUACCUUCGUGCAUAUAUACGACAAAUUCGAAGAGAGGCUGUUGGCAGAGACGCGCAGCUACUACCACCAGCGGGCGGCAGAGGUGCUAUCGCAAAACCAGAUCACUCAGGCCUACUACGUCUUCAAGGAUAUGAUUCAACACGAGGAGGACUGCUGCAAGAAAUAUCUCAUCAAAAAGAGCGUGCAGAAUGUCAUAGACGUGGUGCGGGUACAGAUACUGUUCCUGAACGCGCAAACACUAAUGAACCGGGAGGAGCUGAAGAAGAUCAUAAGGCAGAAGGACGUCCAGUCGAUGACAGUGCUACUUUCGAUAUAUGAAAACACGGAGUGGAAGGCGAUGCUGCAGGACGCCAUUUUCGAGGCGUCGCAGAGCAUCGGAGAGGAUAUAGCGACAGGCCUGCUGGAGGCCUCGAAAACAAUGUCUCUGGCCAAGUCGCCACAGAUUUGCCACACUUUCAUCAUGGACCUGUAUAACUUCAAGUCGUGCUUCGAUGAUACGGUGAAGGGCACCCUACCGGCUAAUGUGGACCUUAAGGCGAAGGAGCAAACCCUGUGGAACAAAGUCAUCAACGCAAACGAACACGUCAUGGAGGCGGUGACGAUAGCUUUGGCCUCAUACGCAGACGGUGCGCCGCACGACAUCCCUGCAGGUGUUUUCAUGGAGGACCCACGCGGCAUCAAGUUCUUCAUGCACAUCUUCAGGGCCCUCACGAAAAAAGUUAACUUCGAGGUAUACUUCAGGGGCAUGCUCACAAGCAGGCUGCUGUACGAGCACAACAUAAACGAGGUACAUGCAGCCGUUGUGGCAAACCUCAAGGAGGAGUGCGGCACUGCAUACGUCGCCAAGCUGGACGCGCUCAUCAACGACCACAGCAGCUCAUGCAAGAUCGCCGCGGAAUUUAGCACUGCCAAUAAAGAGGCGCUGGCGACGUUUACUGGCAACGCCUUCCCAUUCUCAACGCUCGUAGUGUCCAAGGACACCUGCGUAAGGAACCCGCCCAUGGAGACGCAACCGGCAGACGACGCGUUCCUGGAUUGCGAGAUCGAUGGCGCACAGCCGCAGGCUGCGCCACUCGAUGUUAAAAUGGAUCCCUGCCUGCAGGUGGCGAAACAGCUGCACAAGGAAUUCGCCAGCUUCUACACGGGUCGGUACAAAAACAGAACCGUCGAGUACCUCCCGGAAUACGGGUCUGCUACGCUGGAAAUGGAGUUUAAUGGGGCAAAAUACGACCUCAAGCUUUCCAUCUACCAGGCAUACUGUCUGCUAGCACUCAACCAAAUGGACGUGGUAUCGCUGGCAGCGCUGCGAGAGCUUAUAGGCCAGGAGUACAAUGAGCAGAUGAUGCGCGAACAUCUAGCCGUGCUCAACAAUUCGUCUAACCCACUGGUGGUCUUCCAACUUCCAGGGAUCACCUUCGCAACCUGCACGGAAGGUGACCGCUUCGGGCUCAACCCGGCGUUCGUGCCCACCGCAAAGGUCUUGGACCUCCAGCACAAAGACCAAAUGUUCGACGAGGGCAACCAGGCGGAAUCCACCCACAAUUCCAUCGAGGACAUGACCCCCGCCAUGGAGGCCACCAUUGUGCGCCACCUAAAAAUCAACCUCGAGGACUCGGCCUCGAACGUCUUCAAGGUGUGCGCAUCCAAGCACCCCAACAUCGACCGGUUCUACUUCAACAAGGUCGUGGACUCGCUUACGGAACGGGACUUCCUCAAGUUCGAGCCGCAGCAGGACAAGUUGAAAUACGUACCGUGA